CUAAUAACCAGCUCACUUGCUAGGUAAACAACAAUCGGAUCAGCAUGGUACCAUCCUGGAUCUUCUUCCUCCUCGUCGUCGCUUCCUUCGCCACACGCACCAGCGCCGCAACCUUCACCGUCAGGAACAACUGCGGGUUCACGGUGUGGCCGGCGGCCAUCCCGGUGGGCGGCGGCACGCAGCUCAACCCGGGGUGGACGUGGACAUUCGACGCGCCGCCCGGCACCAGCGGCCGGGUCUGGGGCCGCUCCGGCUGCUCCUUCAACGGCUGGUGGGGCCACUGCGACAGCGGCGACUGCGGGGGUGCCUACUCCUGCUCCCUCUCCGGGCAGCCGCCCGCGACGCUGGCCGAGUUCACCAUCGUCGGCGGCGACGGCCACGACUACUACGACAUCUCGGUAGUCGACGGCUACAACCUGCCCAUGGACUUCUCCUGCAGCUCGGGCGUCGGCCUGCAGUGCAGGGGCUCCGGCUGCCGCGACGCCUACUUGUACCCGACUGAUGACUCCAAGACCCAUGCGUGCGACGGCAACAGCAACUACCAGGUCACCUUCUGCCCAUGAUGGUGGCAGUGGUCGAAGAAUAUGAUGCGUGCAGCUUAAUUGCCAUGCAUGAGCCCAUGCAUGACAUAGGCUAUGUGUACUGUCCACUCUACGUACACGUGGAAUGCAGCUGAUGAUAAAAUAAGACGACAUAUAUGUAGUAAAUCGUCUAUGCGUGCAUGCGUGCUUAUGACCUUUGUACUUAACUAGC